AUGAGCGCAUCGCAUCUAGAUGCUGAUGUAACUAUCGAUGCAGAGGGUGUCCGGCACUUGCUGAGCGAGGGCCUGGGCCCUGCCCGCUUCCAGGCGGCCACGCGGCGGCUCAGGGUGCCUCCCCUCACCACCUGCCUGCGCGUGAACUCGGCCCGCGCCAGCCCUGCUGACCUGCUGCGCCUGCUGCGCGGCGCGGCCGAGGCGCAGGGCACGCCCGAGGCGGCGCUGCCCCGCCUGCACCCCCUCAUCCCCGAGGCCAUCCUCAUUCCCGGCAGCGGGCCCCACAGCGUCGACUACUCGGCCGCAGAGGGCCGAGAGGUGGUCAUCGUGCGCAAGGCGGGGGAGGCGGUGCUGCGGGGGGCCGACGUGUUUGUCCCCGGCGUGCUGGCCACCACGCCCGGCCUGUGCCCCGGCGACGUCGUCGUCGUCUCCAUCGCCCUGGAGCGCCCCGGGUCGGAGCGAUACGGCAUCUCGCGCGGCUACCGCCUGGGCUCGGACCCGGGCCUGGAGGCCGGCGUGCCGCCGCGUGUCCGCGUCGGGCUGGGGCGCUGCCUGCUGUCCCGCGCCGACAUGUUCCGGCACGAGCGCGGCGUGGGCGUGGCCCUCGUCGCCAGGGUGGCGCACAUCCGGCGCCUGGCGCGGGAGGCGGGUGUGGAGGCGCUGGUGACGGCGUACCGCGCGGACGCCUGUCGCUGCGUGCGGGGGCUGGCGGCGGGGUCGACCGGCGCGGGCGAGCGGGGGGCGACCUGCGCCGAGGGUGCGGGGCCGGCUGCCGAGCGGGGGCCGUCGAGCGGGCCGCCCCAGGGAGACGUCGCGGGGGCGAGACAUCCUCACGAGUCCCAGCUGGCCGCGCCCAUCAGCGAGGGCCUGCGGCGACGCCUGGAGCGUCAGGCGCUGGCGCGUCAGCGCCACGGCCAGCAACUGAUCCUGUCGGCGCACACGGCAGAGGGCAGGGAGGCUGAGUGCCCCGGCUUUGACCCCGGUUCCUUCGACCACGUGCUGUGCGACGUGCCCUGCUCCGCCCUAGGCCUCAGACCCAGGUUCCGCCACGAGCAGACGGUGGAGGAGCUGGUCGGCACCGCGCAGUACCAGCGCCGCAUCCUGGCCGCCGGCGUGGGGGCGCUGCGCCCCGGCGGCACCAUGGUCUUCUCCACCUGCACCAUCAGUCACCUGGAGAACGAGGCCAACGUGCGCUGGCUUCUGGACAGCUUCCCCCUCCGCCUCGUCCCGGCCCUGCCCAGGCUGGGGGGGCCGGGACUGGUCGCGCCGCAGGCCCAGCCCCCCCUCCUCACGGCCGCGGAGGCGGCCAUGGUGCAGCGCUUUGACCCCGGGGAACCGGCCUCGGACACCAUCGGCUUCUUCAUCGCCAAGUUCGUCAAGCUGUGA